AUGCAUUUGCUUGCAGUGAAGGCAGGAAAGUGGAGGCUCUUACACAGCUGCCUCCAAUUAUUUGGAGAAGACCUGCCUCAGGCAGAGCAGGAAAUGGAAAGGACACAACCAUUGUUUAUUGGGUCACAUACCAGGGGCUGCGAUGGACCUGGUUCUCAGUGUGGCCGACUACUACUUCUUCACUCCGUACGUUUUUUAAAGAACCAAGUCUCUCGGGAGAUCGUGUUCACUGUCAAGUCUUUGCCUUGGAUCAGCAUCCCCACGGUCUCACUGUUCCUGCUGGAGCUGAGGGGUUACAGCAAACUCUACGAUGACAUCGGAGACUUUCCAAAUGGCUGGAUUCAUCUCAUGGUUAGCGUGGUAUCCUUCCUCUUUUUCACGGACAUGUUGAUCUACCGGAUUCAUAGGGGCCUGCACCACAGACUGGUCUACAAGCGCAUACAUAAACCACAUCAUAUUUGGAAGAUCCCCACGCCGUUUGCAAGUCAUGCUUUCCACCCUGUGGACGGCUUCCUUCAGAGUCUGCCUUACCAUAUAUACCCCUUUGUCUUCCCACUGCACAAGGUGGUCUACUUAGGUUUAUAUGUCUUGGUUAAUGUCUGGACAAUUUCUAUUCAUGAUGGUGAUUUUCGGGUUCCCCAGAUCUUAAGGCCAUUUAUUAANNGGUCCGCUCAUCACACAGACCACCACAUGUUCUUUGACUAUAACUAUGGACAGUAUUUCACAUUGUGGGAUAGAAUUGGAGGCUCUUUUAAACAUCCUUCCUCUUUUGAAGGGAAAGGACCGCAUAGUUACGUGAAGAACAUGACAGAAAAAGAAUCUAACAGCUUNGCAGAAAANGGCUGUAAAAGCAAAAAAGUAUGCAAUGGAGAGUUUACAAAGAAUAAGUAGAUUAUUGCCCAAUUAUUAACUAUUUUAAAUAAGAAAAUAAUCUACACAGUCAAGAUACGUAGCAAAUAAGUGGUGCCAUUUGAAUAUCAGCAUUGCUCGAGUGUCAUGCUGAGGGAUGGUCCUGACAGUAAACAGCNGGAAGACACGGGGAGCAUUGUAAUCUCUUGGUUAAUUGUCCGACAUUGGUCCAGGGACAACUUGUCUUUUCAGCCAGCUGACCUGUACAGCUCUGAAGCAUCUUUAAAUAUGAUAGAAAAUAAGCCACUCAAGAAGCUGGUCUGUGUCCUUUUGCCUUAAUCCAUGCAUACUCAUUANGGAAAAAAGUACCAUUGUGCUUAACAGUACUGAGACUAACCAGGAAACCCUAAAGAUGGCUGGCUCCACUGCAGUGCUGAGAACUGCAUUCAAAUAGGAAUACCAGUCCAAGCAGGCUGAUACGUGAGUGGCGGUGGAUAAGUUUUGCUUAAUGGCUGAUGUAAUAAGAUUGUACUUUCUUCCUAUACAUAGGCACCUUACUCUCUGGGCAUUAUCAGAUUUUAAUAAAUGAAUAAAUAAAUGGUAUUUUUUUU